GAAAAAAUAAAACUCCAAUUAAUUUUCACCCGACGGGGGAAGAGGCUGCUCGAAUCUGUCACUCUCUUUACCUGAGAAAAUAUGCGAAUUCUGAUCGCAGUUUCUCAGCUCCUAAUCAAAUCAUCAUCAUCAUCAUCAUCAUUUACUUCUAUUUUGCCCAAAGUUGAUCGCAAAAUAUCCGAUCGCUUUCUCUCCCUAAGGAAGUUCACGGCCAUGGCCAGUGCCGCUGCCGACGACUUUGUCAAGGGAAAGUUGUUUCCGAACGGCGUCGCAGUUCUCACUCUCGAUCGCCCAAAAGCUCUCAAUGCCAUGAAUUUAGAUAUGGAUUUGAAGUAUAGAAGUUUUCUUGAUGAAUGGGAAGUCAACCCAAAAGUCAAAUGUGUCCUGGUUGAGGGAAGCUCACCUCGUGGCUUCUCAGCAGGUGGUGAUGUGAAGCAAAUUUCAACCAAAAAACAACUCUCAGAUAUUAUUGAGGUGUUCACUGCUGAAUACUCUCUUAUUUGCAAAAUCUCUGGAUAUAAGAAGCCAUACAUAAGCUUCAUGGAUGGCAUAACAAUGGGGUUUGGAAUUGGCCUAUCUGGUCAUGGCCACUACAGAAUCAUAACAGAGAGAACUGUUCUUGCAAUGCCAGAAAAUGGAAUCGGAUUGUUCCCAGAUGUGGGGUUUGCUUAUAUAGCAGCUAAAGAUCCAGGAGAAGGAUCAGUUGGUGUUUAUCUUGGUAUGACUGGAAACAGGGUGUCUACACCAGCUGAUGCUUUGUAUACUGGUCUUGGAACUCACUUUCUUCCAUCUGAAAAUUUGAGCUCACUGAAGGAGACUCUUUUGUCAACUACCUUUUGUAAGGAUCCGUAUCUUGAAGUUGAAGAAAUAUUGGGAAAGUAUAGUAGGAAUCCUGAGUCAGAGCCUCGGUUGAAGUUGCUUUUACCACAUAUAGUUUCAACAUUUGGUUCAAAUAAAUCAGUUAAAGAAAUAAUGGAAGAUGUAGAAAAGAAUCAGAAAAAUGAUGAUCCUUUAGUUGCAGAGUGGGCAAAAGAUGCUCUUUUGGGGCUUAAAAAAGGUGCUCCGUUUUCUCUUUGUUUAACACAAAUGCAUUUCUCAAGAGUUGCAUCUUCUUUCAAAAACAAGAAGAACGAAUUAUCAAACUUAAAUGGUGUAAUGAAAACCGAAUACCGCAUUGCACUAAGGACUUCACUUCGAAAUGAUUUUGCUGAAGGGGUUAGAGCAUUAUUGGUGGAUAAAGAUCAGAAUCCUAGGUGGAAUCCAUCAAGUCUAGAUGAAGUUAAAUUGAGUGAAGUGGAAGCGAUAUUUAAACCAUUGGAUUCGGGGGUGGAUGAGCUGGACGUUUGAAUCGUCGAUUUAAUGAAUCACAUUGUUGUAGAUGGUUUGUUAAAAAUAAAGGGGGUGUUAAAAUCCAAUGAUAGUCUUUUUAUUUUUAUUUAAAUAAAAACGUUAGAAAGUGCAACAAAUGACUCUUUUUAUUUAGAAUUGUUUGACAUAAUUAAGAAAUUUUGUAAUUAUUAUUUAGUGACACCUCAAAGCUAA